UGUGUGACUGCCACCGGACGGCUGUCUGUAGAAAGUGCAGGGAAACGUGCCACACAGUGACACACACACAACCAUGCAGGCUGCACGACCCGGACCAGUAGCAGCCGUGAUGUAAAGAUGGAUUAGAAAAUGAUGUGCCUCAUCAACAUGUUUCCGGGAGUUUUCUAUGCACUGCUGGCGGGUUUCCUCGGGGCCGUGGCGUCGUCGUCGGCCAAGCUGUCCCUCGGAGCCGACUAUCUGAAGGGAGUCUGUGAAACCGGACUCCGGACGUGGGGAGAGCAGCGAAAAUUUAGACAAGCGGACGAAACUACAGCCUGUGACCGGCUCCACAUCCCUUUGAGGUUGCUGUGCGGCGGGCUGCUUUUCACCUGCAAUGCUGUGAUGUGGACCUUUCUUGCCAAAGCACUCAGGUAUUCCUCCUCCUCCACCCGAACCACUGUGACCACGACCGCCUCCAACUUCAUAUCUUCCGCUUUCCUGGGCCAGCUGAUCUUUGGUGAAGCACAGAUAACACUGUGGUGGGUUGGGAUCUCUCUGACCUUCUCUGGUCUGUUGGUACUGCAGAGGGUUUCACCACAGGAACAGAAUGCAGUUGCCGAGAAGGACGAAUAAUAUGUGGUGUGUUUUGGUCGGCUUCUCCUCUGAUUUGAACUACUCUAACCAAAGAAAAGUGAAAUUUUAGUUUGUGUGUAUUUAUAUUAAGAAUGCACUACGGUGAGAGAACAGUAAUCUCCAUUGUUUCUGUCAAGCCUCCCUGAAACACUUGCUUUAAUAAACAAAUUGAUUCCUGAUUAACUAAA